CAAGGAGGGAGUCAGAGUAAGGCUACGCCCUAACAAACCCUGCCGGCUUCGCGUCACAGGAACUUCAGCACCCACAGAGCGGACAGCGCUCUCCUCCACCUGAUGACCUGCAAGCUACAGCUCCGGGAGCCCGGCGCCAGGCUGUUUCUGAGCCAAGAGUGAAAGAAUGGGGUUCCUUUGGACCGGUACUUGGAUUCUGGUGUUGGUGCUUCAUAGCAGCCCAAUUCAAGCUUUUCCGAAACCUGGAGGCAGUCAAGACAAACCUUUACAUAACAGAGACUUAAGUGCAGAAAGACCUUUGAAUGAACAGAUUGCUGAAGCAGAAGUAGACAAGAUUAAAAAAACAUACACUCCAGAAAACAAGCCAGGUGAAAGCAAUUAUUCCUUUGUUGAUAACUUGAACCUAUUAAAGGCAAUAACAGAAAAGGAGCAGAUUGAGAAAGAAAGACAAUCUAUAAGAAGCUCCUCAUAUGACAAUAAAUUGAACAUGGAAGAUGUUGAUUCAACCAAGAAUCGAAGACUGAUUGAUGAUUAUGAUUCUACUAAGAGUGGCCUGGAUCAUAAAUUUCAAGAUGAUCCAGAUGGCCUUCAUCAACUGGAUGGAACCCCCCUAACUGCUGAAGACAUUGUCCAGAAAAUUGCUACCAGGAUUUAUGAGGAAAAUGACAGAGGAGUAUUUGACAAGAUUGUUUCUAAACUGCUGAAUCUUGGGCUAAUCACAGAAAGCCAGGCACACACACUGGAAGAUGAAGUAGCAGAGGUCUUACAAAAAUUGAUCUCAAAGGAAGCCAACAAUUAUGAGGAAGAACCCAAUAAAACUACAAGCAGGACUGAAAGUCAGGUUGGAAAAAUAUCAGAGAAAGUGACUCCAAUGGCAGCAAUUCAAGAUGGUUUUACGAAUAGAGAAAAUGAUGAAACAGUAUCUAAUACUGUGACCUUGACAAAUGGCUUAGAAAGGAGAACUAAAACCUACAAUGAAGACAAUUUUGAGGAACUCCAAUAUUUCCCAAAUUUCUAUGCACUACUGAAAAGUAUUGAUUCAGAAAAAGAGGCAAAAGAGAAAGAAACACUGAUUACUAUAAUGAAAACGCUGAUUGACUUUGUGAAGAUGAUGGUCAAGUAUGGCACAAUAUCUCCAGAAGAAGGUGUUUCCUACCUUGAAAACUUGGAUGAAACAAUUGCUCUUCAGACCAAGAACAAGCUAGAAAAAAAUGUUACUGACAAUAAAAGCAAGCUUUUCCCAGCACCUUCAGAGAAGAGCCAUGAAGAAACAGACAGUACCAAGGAAGAAGCAGCGAAGAUGGAAAAGGAAUAUGGAACCGUGAAGGAUUCCACAAAGGUUGAUAGUUCCCAUUCAAGAGCAAAGACAGAUGAGCCAAAAGGAAAAACAGAAGCCUAUUUGGAAGCCAUUAGAAAAAACAUUGAGUGGUUGAAGAAACACAACAAAAAAGGAAAUAAAGAAGAUUAUGACCUUUCAAAGAUGAGGGACUUUAUCAACCAACAAGCUGAUGUUUAUGUGGAAAAAGGCAUCCUCGAUAAAGAAGAAGCCGAUGCUAUAAAGCGCAUUUACAGUAGCCUGUAAAAACAGCAAAAGACCCAGGAGUUUUGCAACUGUUUCAGAAAAUGUAAUAUAGCUUCAAACACUCUAAUUCUGUGAUUAAAGUUGUUUUGACCCAAGGAUUAUUAGAAAGUGCUGAAUUUAUAGUAGCUAACCUUUUAGAAGUGGUUAAAACAUAGCUUUCUGGAUAUAAAAAUUAUCUGAAAAGUAAAAUUGUAUGUAAUUGAAA